AUGUUUGAUUCUGAAUACUUCAAGAACCUCCUGAACGAAACAACAGCACUAAUAGCCAACAGGGCUGAAGAGGGAAACAACAGCGAUGAGAUGGAGGUACGCAUCGAGAGCAAUGUCGCCACCCUGAAGUAUCUUGCAAGAGAAAUAACAGACGAGGACCUGCGCAGCAGAACACUAAAGAGAAUAGACAUGCUAUGUCUUGAGCCCGAAGAGUUUGAGAUGAACGAGGUUCGGAACAGAGCCUCUGGAAUCAGCAAGAGCAGCGAAUGUUCUGACAGGAUAGAAAGAGACAUUCUAAGAUACACCAAGAGGCUCCACGGAAAGGUCAAGAGGUUCAUGGAGAGUGUUGAUCUCGACAGCAGGGUGCUGGGAGAGGUGACAGACAAGAUGUCCCGGAAUCUGAUGGGGACAUCCUCGGCAUUGAGGUUUAUGAAGACAGAUGGAUGUGGCAUUCCCACCCUGAGGAUUCUUGCUUCCGUGGUGACUGCCUUCAUCGUGAUGUACUUCAUCAUAAGAUUUCUGUAG